AUGCGUAUUGAGCUGGCUAAAUUGCUCUUGGCCAAAAAUGACGUGCUUCUUUUGGAUGAACCAACCAACCACCUGGAUAUUAACUCCAUUAUUUGGCUGGAAUCUUUCCUCAAAGAAUUUGAGGGCGCGAUUAUAAUGGUUUCGCACGACAGAACCUUCUUAGACAAUAUAACCAACCGCACCAUUGAAAUUGUAAACGGCAAAAUUUACGAUUAUCCCGUGGCCUAUUCGCGCUUUGUUGACCUCCGCCACGAGCGCAUUCAAAUUCAGGUGUUUCAAAAGGUGAACCUGGAGAUAAACCGCAACGAAAGAGUGGCCUUUGUGGGGCAAAACGGGCAGGGCAAAUCUACUUUGGUGAAGAUAAUUGCCGAACGCUUGCAACACGAUGGCCAUUUGGAAAUUGGCCACAAUGUUGACAUUGGCUAUUAUGCGCAGGAACAAGCCAAAACCCUGGACGGGAAUAAAACCCUGUUGCAAACCAUAGAAGAUGCCGCCCCGGAAGAUCUGCGCAAGAAGGCCCGCGAUUUUUUAGGCUCCUUUCUUUUUACCGGUGAAGACGUAGAAAAAAAAGGGAAGGUGCUUUCGGGCGGUGAAAAGGGCCGGGUAGCAUUGUGUAAGCUGCUCUUGCACCCCCACAACCUUCUGGUGAUGGAUGAGCCAACCAAUCACCUGGACAUGAAGAGCAAGGAUAUGCUCAAAAAUGCACUGCUCAACUAUGACGGCACCCUUUUGGUGGUAAGCCACGACCGCCACUUUCUGCAAGAACUGGCCGACAAAAUUUAUGAGUUUAGAGACGGCAAAGUGAAGGAGUUUUUGGGCAAUAUUGACGAAUACCUGGAAGCCCGCAAAUUUGACGACUUCCGCCAGGUAGAACAGGAUUCAUCGGCCGGGAAGGCAAAGAACAAAACCCAAAGCAGCACGAACAAAGAAACUGUUGACUACCAGGAACGCAAGCAGUUGGAUAAGGAUUUACGCAAGGCUGAGAAAGAAGUUAAAGAGCUGGAGGAGCAAAUACAGCAAUUAGAACUGAAACUGGAGGACCUGGACGAGCAGUUACACGAUCCGGAAAAGUUCAAAGAGCUGAGCACCGAGCCCGGUUUUUAUGAGGCCUACGAGGCGGACAAAAAAAAGCUGGAAAAGCUUAUGGAACUUUGGGAAAAGAAUUCCGAGAAGUACCACAAGCUCAACCAGCGCAAAGAAAAAUUGCAAGCCUGA